UUUCAAUUUUGUUUCUUUAUUUCACUUCCAGACUUUUAUUCAACCGAGAGCUAGAGUUCCCAUUCCCACUCUUUUCUCAGGGGUGGAGAUUCCAUUGGCGUAGAUCAGCCACAGAUGAUCGGAUUUUCAGCGCCGCGACCAGAGUACUCCGCAGAUUCAUUGAACAUCGUUCAGUCCUUGCAUCUGUUCAUCAUUCGUCCGACAUCCACAGGAACGAGCGCUGGGAUAUUGCGACCGCAGAGUAGAGACCGGUGCAGACCUCGUCUCCGGCGAGCAAACAUGGCGACUCUCUUUUCCUCAUACCUGCGUUGGGGGGAAACUUGGAGGAAAAAACAGCAUCUUGGGAGGCAACCAUAUGCAAUGAUGUCCAAGGCACAUAAAUCGAAAAAAGCACAUGAAGGUGAUAAUAAGACCGAGAAGAUCAGUGAUGAAAAGAAGACAAGAGAGCCAAAUCCCAAUAAAGAUGACAAGCUACUAUGUGUUAAGAUGCAUAAAAGGAAGAAAUGAUAAAAACCAAAGCUAAACAAUAAUAUAUUGAUAGUUGUAAUAAAUUGAAUUAUAUAUUUAUUGUGAAAGUUAUAUAUGAUAUAAUUGUUGCUUCUUGUUGUAACAUGUUGCUUUUUGUUGCAUCGUGUUGCUUGUUGUUGCAUCGUGUUGCUUGUUGUUGCAUCGUGUUGCUUGUUGUUGCAUCGUGUUAUUUUAUGUUGCAUCGUGUUGUUUAUUGUUAUUUUGAAUUUGAUGUUACUUGUUUAUUUAA